CAUUCUCUAUGACGAUGACUUCUCUGAUCGCUUAUGCUCUGUGACAAUACGCUACCGAGCACUGUCCUAAUGGUCUUCUUUAAAUAUACGUGUAUGACUGGCUCUGUAAAUACCACUGAGGACUGUGGAACCUCUACUCGUGUACAUUGAUCUGCACCUGUGAGUGGGAUAGUUUCCCCUAUCUACCACAGUAAAAUCCUAUGGAUAUUGGUGUUAACACUCUGACAGAUUAUAGGCUUUUCCCCCUCUGACGUGAUACAGUCGGAUAUCGAUACCAUUAGCAAAAGGUUUAUGUGCUAUAACUAACGUGGGAUGUGUAUUGGCAUGGCUUUCCUGUAGAAACACACCUGCUCUUACAGAUGAGGACAAUUUAAAUUUGUGCAUUGAGUCACAUCUGACGCCAUGCCGUCUGAACGGAGUUCCGACGUUGAAACUAUAGCCCAAAACUUGUAUGGGUAUAUAAAACACGGUGACUAUAGAAAUGUGCAGGAGACUCUCAACCCAAUCACAGACAGGACAGUACUUAAGGCUAUAGAGGAUAGGUUCAUCAGUCUACAUACUGAUACAGACCCUGUAAACCUUGCAAUUAGGGCAAAGGAGGAGAAAAUUGCAAUAUACUUAGUGGAGAAGGCGUUUUCAACAGACAGAGUUUUUCAGUGGCAAGAUCAGAGUUGUGACCAAUGGUGUUACUAUGAUCACGGACCUGACAAGUGUAUGUCCGAAUUCACAGCAGUUGACCACGCCGAGAAGGAGAAUCUCUACAAACUCUCGAAACGAAUCAAGGAGAUUAGACAGGGCCAAAGAAACCCAGGAGACGGGCUGGUCAUAUCCACGGUACAACACCAUAUGUCUGGCCAACAACAGAUAGAAGAACCAAAAUCGCUAAGAUAUGAAAGGCCAGCGCCUGUAUCAGACUCCAAAAAUAAAAAAACGGCUGCUGAUGAAGCACGAGAAAAACUUCAAACAUAUGGCAGGAAGUACGUAGAUAAGGAGGGAAAUACCCUACUUCAUUUAAAUAUAUGUAAGCCCCAAGUAUAUAUAUACGUGUUUGCGUGCGGCGGUGUUCCCAUCAAUAUACAGAACAAGAAUGGUGACACGGCAUUACAUUUGGCAGUACGUCUGGGACUAUACGACACAGCGGAAGCUCUAGUGCAAUGUAGUGCAAACAUAUCCCUCUGCAACUCUAUGGGCCAAGCCCCUAUUGCCGAAGCCGAGGGUCAAAUCAAAAAAAUGUUAGAGAAAUUUCAGCUGGGCGUAGUGGAAGCUGUGUGUUGUGGGAAGUCUCAACUUUUAGACAGAAUUCUCAAACGCACGUGGGCCAGUCUGAGUAGCAAGGUCAAGGAAGAAAAGACCCUGAUGGAGCUGGCAGAGAUGAAGGCAGAGAUGGAACCUCAGGUUCAGAAUUGUGUGAGACUUCUCAAAGAAUACCAAACAAGUAGUAAACUAAUACACGCUGUUUUGUGUGAGGACGUGGAGGCGGCUAGGAAUAUCAUAGAGAGAGAGAAGGGUUGGAACACCAAUAUGCGAUUCAUGAACCGGACAGGAAAAACCCUGCUAUCACAGGCGAUAGAGGCUAACAAUAUUGAGCUUGUCCGAUUGUUAGUGGACAAAGGAAAGGCUAAGGUUAAUGCCAUCAGAGUCAGGGAGAGUGGAAUGGCGGAAGAAACUGCUCCCUUAUUCCACAAGUGCUUAAAAGCCGGAUUGAAUCCAGAGAUUGCCAAAUUUCUCAACUCAAGAAUGGAUAUCAAUGAACGCUCAGAAAAAGACAAGAAUGGAAACACAGCGGUGCUGCGAGCAAUAGAAGAAGAGGAUUCGCCUAAAUUUGUCCAUUGGCUAAUAGACACUAGUGGCGGCAGCUGUCUUGUCGAGCGGAAUAAGGAUGGCCUAACACCAAGAGAACUUGCGCUAGCCCAGAGGAGUGACGCCAUUGUGAAAGUCAUUGAUCGUUACAUUUUACAAAAGCCAGCAAACAUACAAAAAUGUGCUGCCCACUUGUGUCAGGAACAGGAUACCCUUGAUGUGAAAGAUGAGGCAACUGGAAAAACCUUGGGUGAAAUUCUAGAAGAAGAAAAAAUGGUUAAGAUAAACUUCCAAAAGUAUGAGGUGGACGCAGGAAAAUUAUUUAUCGCAGCUGCUAAUGGAGAUUUAAAGGAAUUGAAAGAGCUUUACACUGCCAAUUUUGUGGACAGGAAUGGAUAUACUGCUUUGACGAGAGCAAUUGUAUUCCGUCAGUUCAACAUCUGCAAGUUUUUGUGUACUACCCGGCCACAUCUCAAGUCUAUACCUGAUAACAUGAACAGGUACCCACUACAUUAUGCCUAUGCCCUUCCUGAUAAAGUCUACAUGGAAUAUGUCAAUCUGCUGCUUGAGAAGAACCCUGAAUCUAUCGAAAACAAAGUAGAUCUGAUGGGGAGGUAUGCAGCCGAAUACAAGGCCCUCAAAGAAAAGGUAGACAUUCAGACUAUGUUGUAUGACGCCAUGACUCUAGAUGUCUUGGGCAGGAGAGUAGCCCCAUUGGGAGCGUGGCCAGAGGGUGCCAAGAGGACGCCUCCCGACAGACAUGUGAUUGGACAAUCAUAACGAGGCAAUGAUUGUUACGUCACUGGACAAAGAGGACAGCAUCAUCACCCGACAUUAUAAAUACGACAUACGAGAUAUGCGCUUCAGCGCUAUACGCUGUACAAAUCCUCCUGGGUUUAUCGAAGCUUGUAUCAUUAUCCGUUGAAGUUAUAUAAAUAAUAACAGCUCUAGAAGCAUCCAUCAGUGUCGGAAUUCUUCAUCUUGGCAUAAUGGAUUAAUAUUUGUGCACGUUUAGUGGAAGUUGUUUUGAGAGUUCGUGAAUAACAUUAACAGGAAAAUGGGUUUAAAACCUUAUAAUGGUUGAAAUAUUGUGUAUAAUCCCUGCGGUAUAAUGUAUUUAUGCAAACACCAUGCCACAAAAAAACGCGCCUGCUGUCAAUAUUUUCAAUAUUGCAUUGCGACUUCGUGUAUCACCUUGCAUGAGUUACCAUGGACAUAUUGGACUAAUUCAAUGACCAUGACGCAUUAGACAUGUAUGAACAUCGUAAAAUCAUCAAAGUAAAGUAUGAAUAGGGAUGUGAUGUUCCUGAACGUGCCUUAAUGAAAACAAUUGAUAUUGAGAAAUGGAUACAAGGGAAGGGACAAGUCUUGUGUGAAAGAAAUUGUGAUUUAGAUGUACAGAGAGACAAACGUUCCAGAGAUAUAUAGGAGAGGAUAAGGAUCGACCAGCACUCAUUGUUAAUAACACUAUAUCAUUGUGCUGAAAUAAUGUGUUUAUUGUUUGAUGCUAAAAUACAGCCAGCUGUCUGCGUGUUAAUGGACACACUCGAGAAAUGAAUGUGUGAUAUAUACAUUGUAGAUUAAGGAAGUAUGUGAAGUAAUAUUUUCUUUCUGUGAUAUUUAGCAUUUGCUCAACAGUAUUUAUUUCAACUAAAACAAAAAUAAAUUGUAUUUGAAAAUCA